AUGUAUAUCCUUGAGCAACUUGCGCGUCUUCUCGACCGCCCAUUAUUCCCUUGGAAAAAUGUCCUCGUCGGAUUCUCCCUAGGUCAGUUCCUCCUUGAGGGGAUCUUGUCCUUCAGGCAAUACAAGGUGUUGCAGCGGACAAAGCCACCCAAGGUGCUGGAGGGUGAAGUGUCACAGAAAGUCUACGAUCAAAGUCAAGCAUACGGUCGCGCAAAAGCCAAGUUCGGCUUCAUCUCCGGUCUCUACGCUCAAGUCCAGAAUCUCGCAUUCAUCUAUGGCGAUGUCCUCCCCAAACUCUGGGGAAUCAGCGGUCUCCUGUUGGCUCGGUACUUCCCUUCUCGGUUCCAGGGUGAAAUCACCCAGACGCUCGUGUUCAUCUUCGGUUUCAAUCUGAUCAGCACUGUUCUCUCCCUGCCUAUCUCCUACUACAACACCUUCGUUCUGGAGGAGAAGUUCGGAUUCAACAAGCAGACACUCAAGCUCUGGAUUACGGAUAUGCUCAAGGGGCAGAUGCUGGGAAUCGUUCUAGGGACUCCGAUCAUCAGUGCCGUGCUCAAGAUCGUUCAGAAAACUGGCAACUCGUUCUUCUACUACCUAUGGCUCUUCGGUGUCUUCGUUCAGAUCUUCGCCAUUACCAUUUAUCCCAUCGUGAUCCUGCCUUUGUUCAACAAGCUCUCUCCCCUGGAACCCGGCGAAUUGAAGACUGGUGUCGAGGACCUUGCCCGCAAGCUUAAAUUCCCUCUUAGUGAGCUUCACGUUAUCGACGGUAGCAAGCGCAGCGCUCACAGCAACGCUUACUUCUAUGGACUUCCCUGGAAGAAGCAUAUUGUCAUCUAUGAUACCCUUAUUGAGAAGAGCGAACCGGAGGAGGUCGUUGCUGUCCUGAGUCAUGAACUUGGUCACUGGAGCCUUAGUCACACCACGAAGCUCUUCGGUAUUGCUCAGUCUCACAUGUUCUACAUCUUUGCGCUCUUCUCGGUCUUCGUAAACAACAAGUCUCUGUAUCAGUCUUUUGGCUUCCACAAGGAGAUGCCUAUCAUGAUUGGUUUCCUCCUGUUCUCUGAUGCGCUGGCUCCCAUGGAUGCUAUCGUUAAGCUCUUGAUGAACAUCCUUAGCCGCAAGUUUGAAUUCGAAGCCGAUGCAUUCGCUGUGAAACUUGGCUAUUCCGAGCAGCUCGCUGCAUCCCUCCUCAAGCUCCAGAUCCAGAAUCUGAGCACCAUGGAUGCCGACUGGAUGUACGCUAGUUACCACUACUCUCACCCCAUUCUUUCGGAGCGACUCAAGGCGCUCGGUUGGAAGGGUGGAAAAGUCACUAGCUCCAAGGCCGAGGACGCCGAGGAGCCGGUCAAGGCUGCUGACCGGGAACUUUAA